AAUCAAAUUUCGCGAGUCCGGGAUGCAAACGACGUCGUAUAUGAAACAGGAGGAAUCAUCAUUCAUCACAUCAAAACCAACGGACUCCCCUAAAAUCUAGGGUUUCUCCUUUCUUCAUCUGAAAUCUCCGUUGUCUGCAUCUCUGAGCCAAACGGAACGCGUCGAUACGACGUCGCCGAUAAGGGCCCGGAAGGAAGAUGAGCAGUACGGUUCCGUUACCGUCGAGCGCUGCUCAUGCAAAUCUCGAUGAGCAGAUCGCUCAGCUCAUGCAGUGCAAGCCCUUGUCUGAACAAGAGGUGAGAGCACUAUGUGAGAAAGCAAAGGAAAUUCUGAUGGAUGAAAGCAAUGUACAGCCUGUGAAAAGCCCUGUGACCAUAUGUGGUGAUAUUCAUGGGCAGUUCCAUGAUCUUGCUGAGCUUUUUCGAAUUGGUGGGAAGUGUCCAGAUACCAAUUAUUUAUUCAUGGGAGAUUAUGUGGACCGUGGAUACUAUUCUGUUGAAACUGUAACGCUUUUGGUGGCCCUCAAAGUGCGCUAUUCUCAAAGAAUUACAAUCUUGAGAGGAAACCAUGAAAGUCGUCAGAUUACUCAAGUUUAUGGAUUUUAUGACGAGUGCUUAAGGAAAUAUGGCAAUGCUAAUGUUUGGAAGACUUUCACAGAUUUAUUCGACUAUUUCCCACUUACAGCUUUGGUUGAGUCAGAAAUAUUUUGUCUCCAUGGUGGUCUGUCUCCAUCUGUUGAAACUCUUGAUAACAUUCGUAAUUUUGACCGUGUUCAAGAAGUUCCACAUGAAGGGGCAAUGUGUGAUCUUUUAUGGUCUGAUCCUGAUGAUCGCUGUGGCUGGGGCAUCUCACCCAGGGGUGCUGGAUAUACAUUUGGUCAAGAUAUAUCGGAGCAAUUUAACCAUACUAACAACUUGAAGCUUAUUGCUCGAGCGCAUCAGUUGGUUAUGGAGGGAUUCAAUUGGGCUCAUGAUCAAAAGGUCGUGACCAUAUUCAGUGCGCCUAAUUAUUGCUAUCGAUGUGGAAAUAUGGCAUCCAUUCUGGAAGUUGAUGAUUGCAAAGGCCAUACGUUCAUUCAGUUUGAACCAGCUCCUAGGAGAGGGGAGCCAGAUGUAACCCGAAGAACACCGGAUUACUUCCUAUAAAAACUGUCCGUUGUGGCCCGAAGAGUGGAAUUUUGUUCUGAAGCCUCCUCCCGUAGUAGUUGCUUUAUGUGUCGGUGACUGCUCUGCUGAAUUAAUAGUUAAAUAAUUUAUUUAAUAUGGUGGAAUGACGAAGCACGCAGAUGAGGCAAGGCAGGUGAGGUUUUCUUUCACUUCAAUCAAGAGUUGGUGAAGCUGGCAAUUAGAUUGCUGCUUGCAAACCAUUCACACAGUUAGUUCUGUUCCUCAUCCCCCUUCCCUUUUUUUUUUUGUUUCUCUUCACUGUCAUUUUCGUAUAUUUUGUCGCGUCUUGUAGGAAACAAACAUUUUUUUCCUUAAUAUUUUGAUCCUCUGUAGGAGGAUGACAUUGGUUGCAUUUUGUAGAGAGAAGAUUGCUCGCUGUUAUUUAUUUCGAUCUUCUUUUUUUUUUUUAAUCAUAUAUGAUCUUGCAUAUUU